AGUCGAAUUUUGUUCUCGGACCAUUAAACAUUACCCAUUCCGCAUUCAGCAUUCACCAUUCAACAUUCAACAUGGAAGGCCAAUGCGUGGCAGUCGUCGCAUUUGCUGUUUUGCUCGCCGGAUUGUGCGUGCUAUCCGGUCUGAAUGCGGCACCCGUGGAAUGCAAUAAUGGCGGUGGCAUCCAGAUCUCUGACGUUGGCUUCCAGAGCCAGACGCAAACCGGUCCCGGCUGCCAGACCCAGACCUCCGAGGAUGGAACCCAGAGCCAAAGCCAGAGUCAGUCGGGCAAUGGCUACCAAUCGCAGACGCAGUGCAGCGGCUCAUCCUGUGGUCAGUUCAACACCUUCCCGCCGCUAUUCACCAUUAAGCCGCUGGAGCCGUUGGCACCCAUCACCUGGCAGCCCUGGGGGCAAAUGAGGAACAACCAGGUGCAGCAGCAGAUCAAUCUUGGUUAAGUUUUUGAAAAAAAAGUAUUCAGGUUAAUAAAGGUUUUGAAUUCCUAAUUAUUCAAAAAAUAUAACAUUUCAAAACAAA